UCCAGAUCAUCCUUAUCAUCGUCGUCGUCGUCGCCGCCGCCAAUAUGGUUUUCAAAGAAAUGGCAGGGCCCUCUGAGGCCACCCCUGAGUUGGCUUCUUCUUCCUCGUCUACCAUCACCAACUCCUCCUCAACAGGUGAUCUUGACAAUGCCGGGCUGAGUAUACAUACCGUACUGACCCCCGAUAACGUACAUGCCGGUGUAAUUGUUCGAGUGCAACCGCCGGUAGAGCCCGGACCUUCUCACUCGCGUAGUCAUAUCCCUUCCGACAUUGUUUUGGUCAUAGAUGUCUCUGGGAGUAUGCAAGUACCAGCCCCUGCAAAAAUGAAUGAUGAAUUCGGUAGGUUGAGCAAGGAGAAUUUCGGAUUAUCAAUCCUCGAUAUGGUCAAACACGCUGCUCGUACCAUUCUUAAGAGCUUGGAUGAAAGGGAUAGGCUUGGAAUAGUGACAUUCAGCGCAGAAGCGAGGGUUCUCCAAAAGCUGUUGCCUAUGACACCCGACAACAAGAAGUUAGCUAACGAUAAUAUUGAAAAAAUGGAACCGGAGUAUUCAACAAACCUUUGGCAUGGUAUACAAAAAGGGGUCGGCUUAUUUGAGGGAGAAGAAAAUACGGGGCGCGUACCGGCAGUUAUGAUAUUGACAGAUGGUCAACCCAACCACAUGUGUCCAGCUCAAGGCUACAUCUCAAAGAUGCGUAGCAUUUGGGAGAAAUUACCGGCAGCUAUUCACACUUUCGGUUUUGGCUACGAGAUUCGAUCAGGACUUUUAAAGUCAAUUGCUGAGUACGGGGGUGGUAAUUAUGCUUUUAUUCCUGAUGCUGGCAUGAUUGGGACGGUAUUCGUUCACGCCGUUGCACACCUUCAAACAACGUACGCAACAAAAGCCACAAUGCAAAUAACUACUUCAAAAAACAUGCGCCUGAAAACAACAUUGGGGAAUACCAUUUUUCAACAAGAACAAGAAAGCGUGGACGGGUGGCACCUCACCAUUAAUCUAGGCAACCUACAAUAUGGUCAAUCUCGAGAUAUAUACCUAAAGAAUGUCGACGAUUAUCGAUUGACAACCGAAUUACCCGUUGUCUUUGGACUUCCUAUAUCCGCGAAAGUUACCUUCUCGCGCAUGAAGGGUACAGAAUAUUGCUGGGCUGCUCAAGAAGGGCUAGGCGAAGGGGCCGAUCUCCCCAAUUACCUAGUGGCGUAUCACCAAAGUCGUUCGAUGAUAUGUGAUUUCUUAUCCUCCUUCUUCCCAUUACGGAGUGAUAGGGAAUACGAGACUAGCCAACAAGUUAAUCCAGAGCGAUACAAAUACGCAUUCCAACAAUUGCUAGAUAAAAUACCAGCUAGGUUGUACACCGACGAGUACAACAAAUCCCUAAUGGAAGACCUUGUGGGUAACCUACCCUCCGGUCAGGUACAAUUGGCUUUGUCCAAGAAGGAAUACUUUAGUCAAUGGGGUUGUCAUUAUCUGCUAAGCUUGUGGAAUGCGCACGCGAAGCAAAUGUGCAACAGCUUCAAAGACCCUGGCCCAUUGAUGUACAACAGGAAUCCUUUCUUUAUCAGAUUCAGGGACUUCCUUGAUACGUCGUUCGACACGAUCCCACCUCCCAAACCAUCUUGCCCCCAAGUAGCCACUACAACAAGGGUUAUGAUGCGUUCACUAAACUCAUCAAUUGGUCCAUGUUUCACGGGUUCGAGCAAGGUUUUACUCGCUUGUGGCCGAAAGAUCCCCAUCCGUCAACUGCAGCAAGGCUCAUACGUGUGGACACCGAUGGGAAGUAGGCGCGUUGAAGCUUUAUUGAAGACUAUCGUUCAAGAAGCUGUGAUGUGUAAGAUCGGGGACCUUGUCGUUACACCAUGGCACCCGAUCAAAGUCGCCGACGAGUGGGGUUUCCCACAGGACCUUACACUUAAUUCAGAGCAUCCUCAGGUGGUGGUCUACUCUGGACACAUUUACUCUGUGCUUUUACAACCAGGCCAGGACCCUGAAGCCCAUGCUAUUGAAGUUGGUGGCACCUUGGCUGUUACGUUAGGCCAUGGCAUCGUUCGGGGGGAUGAUGUGCGCGCGCAUCAAUUCUUGGGCGAUUAUGAGCGGGUGUUGAGUGCUAUCGCGAAGUUUAGGCCAGGCAAGGAUGGUGUUGCGCUGUCUAGCGGAGUAGAGAGAUGUAAUGGAGAUGGCUUGGUCUGCGGAUUCAAGGAAUACCUACCGUCACAGCAUACGGGCAUGGAAAAGAUGGAAGAAAGGGUAGUGACUAAUCCCUGGGAUUAUGCUACUCAUACUUUGAGCUUGUCUGGAGGUGUCAAAUAGGUCUGACUCAGGUCUGCUAUCUACUUGGUAGGAAACAGGGCGACAUAUUUUGUCAACUUAUGAAUUCAUGGAAGGCACUCUAGAUAGCCUAC